CGGCGUCUGUUGUGUCGGAGCCGACGGCUGCGCCAUGAGCUGGGCGGCCGCCUUUCUGCUUUGCCUCGUCACUGGCCAGGCGCUGUCGGCGCCGGCGGGUCCGCUGUACGGCCUGAUACAGCGGCUGGUCCGCAACAACCUGGCAGGGGCGCCCGAGAACUUCCGCACGCAGCAGUGGGACUUCGAUCCCGAGGUCUCCGACCGGCGCAGGACCGAGUUCGAGGCCCGCCACGGCAGGAUGGGCGAGCGGCUCGUGGAGCGGUUUGGCCUCGGUGAAGACGGCUUCCCAGAGCUCCACCUGCAGCAGCAGCUGGCCAGGGACGCAGCGCUGGUCGCCCCCGCCGCCCCCACCGCCUCCACUGCCCCCGCGGCGCCACUUCAUGACAACUCGGUGUACGGCUGACGUCAGAGUGCCGUGCAGCAGCCACCCCCGGUGCCAUUGCCUCGAUAUACUCCAUUGUGAGCAGCUUCCACCUCUCCAGGCGGUCGUGGCGCCGUGUAAAGCAGUGGUGCAAGUGAAACUGUGACGUUCCGUAACUCCUCAUCUUCUGCACGGGGUAAUUUUACAAAAGAAACCAGAUUUCCAGCCAUAUGGCCAUGACGUGCUUUCCACUAUUAAAAAAGUGUUAUAAAAUUCCGCAUUUCUCGCUUCAUACCACAGCAUCGAUCCUCGCCGUCACAUUGUCUUCUUACAACAUUUUAUAUCCUGGAACAUCGACCACACAAUCCGCUGUCCCACCUCUUAAACCCGAACAUUGGAUCCAUACCUUAAAAUCUUAACCCUCUCAUUCCUUGCACAUCCUUUUCUGUAGCAUCUUUACCGUCUUCCCACCUACCAACAGUAUCACCAGCCGAGAAUGAAUCUUUCAUAAAAUUUCUCGCACUCCAUUAGGCCGUCUGGUACAGCAGCCGUAUGUAGAAUAUUCGAAUAAAAACAGUGUUGGAUGCAACUUAAUAUUUUAUUAACGACGUGUUUCGCCUUCGUGGAACACCUUCAGAUUAUCAGUAAAAAAUAGCAAAAUAAGAAAAAAAAAUUAGGGUACUGCCCUAGCUUGCACGAUUCUAUAUGUGAAUAAGAAGUUGUCACUGACCUUAAAACUUUCUUUUUGCGACAUUUUAAUCUGUAUGAGACUGAAGCACGUGUGGAACAAGAUGAGCCCGCAGAGACCCAGUCAAAAACAACUAAAAUAGUAUAGUGUAACUGCGGGAUAGAAUGCUAAAUAAAUAAUCAGAUAGACCGAGACAACAUAUCUUAGUUAAGUCGUACAAGCAGGGCAGAAUGGUACAGAGGUUGGACCACACAUAGAAUAGUACGCCAUUUAAACAUGAUGCAGAGUGCUGCCGCCGUACUUCACGGCAGGAGCGUCAAGCGCACACAAAGACGAGCAACAAAAUGAGGCUUGCGUAGAAUGUCUGCGGCGGAGAUGUCACUCAAAAUACUUAUGUGGCAGACGGGAUAUUUAAUGCUUACAAAACAGAUCUGCAAAUGGUUGAUUCACUAUAAUCAAGUUAAGAGGUCACAAUUACUCAGAACACAGUCGCUCAUUAAAAAAAAAUUAAACCACUCCAAGUAGAUGAAAUAGCAUCAGUCGUAACUAAAUAAAACCGUAAGAUAACCACCAAGGAUAGGCACCCUGACAAAUGGGGAUAAAAAAAUUCUUGAAACAGCAAGUUCCGAUCCAACUUUACCACUGACAUCACUGAAUCGUAAUCCUACUAGUCAGCUGAUCGUUCAGCAAUUGUUAGUCUCCCGUACACGUGUGUUUAAAGAUUUCCAACUCUUCCAACAAAUCAAGCCUUUUGCCUUUCCGAGCACAAUAUGACAUGCAGAGAUCAUUAGGCGUGGGUGGUCGGCGCCCUGCUGUCUCAUUCUAAACUUUCUGCCAGUUUGACCAAUAUAGAAUGUAUGGUAGACAUUGCAUUCCAAUUGGUAAACACGUGGGGAGGCAUACCAAUCUUUACUAGUCCGUUCAUUAUGCACAUAAGAGUUCUGAACUUUAUUAUGCGGUAGAAAAGCUACACCGAUGUCAAUAUUUUUUAAUAACGUAGCUAACUGAUACGAUAAUUUCCUCACAAACGAAAAGUUUACAUGUCUCUGUGGUGGUGACAAAAGAUUAGAUUGCAUAUUGUUCCUGCUACCUGAUAAUUUUCGUUUAUAUAGUCUAUCUACCAUCUGUGGGGUAUAACCUAUAGUAGCUGCAAUCAAAUUUAAGUUUUCAGGCCUUUUUUUCUUUACAGAUUAGGUGCUGAGGGGCAACUUUUGUGAUACACCUGAACCAGGAGUGGGAAAUUACAAUAUAAAGUCGUGUGCAUAAAUUAUGUGUUUGACAUUACUUACCGCCGUCCCUAGUUGCUUGACCAUGGCCCUCUAAAUUCUUCCCGUUUCAUAGAAGAUCAUACAACUUUUCAGAGCAAGUUGUAACGUUUCUUCAUCAUCAUUAUGACCACACACUUCGUCGAGUACCACCAACAACACUCAGUGAGAAAUAUCAUUGUCACCAGAGGCAGUAAAAUACCAAGCAUCAUCCUCCUUUUAUUAUUAUUUCACCAAAAAGUCAAUCAUAUGCAGAUUGUUAAUCAGUAUAAUAAGCUUCAUAAGUUUUUAACUUAAGACAAUAAAACUGACAGAAUACUUGUCUGUAAAU